AUGGCUUCACUCAAAAAGGACAUUAAAGCCAUCUGUUCCAUAGGUGAGAGUACCAAAACAUCCAUCCAAGGCUACAUUGGGGAGAAGGGAAUCGGGUUUAAAUCAGUUUUCAACGUUGCUCAUAAAGUUCAUAUCCAGUCUGGCCCCUACUCAUUUGCAUUCGAGUAUCGCAAAGGGGAUUCUAUAGAUCGUGGACUUGGUAUGGUUACACCGCUGAGUGAGAGACUAUAUGAGCUUCCCAGUGAUUUUCGAACAAGGACGAUUUUGUACCUUCACGAGGAUGAAAAUCGAGAGGCAAUGUGCCAAGACUUGAUCAAAUUGCCAGACACGUUGUUACUCUUUCUCAAAAAUCUACAGCAAUUGACUGUGAGAUUUGAACUUCCUGAUCAGGUCAUUCAAAAGGUGCAAUAUUCACUAACGCGCCCAGAAAAAAGUCACUUCAACAAUAAAGUUCAAAUAAAGGCUGCAAUCACAGGUACAGAUAGCAUAGACACAUCUAAUAAGAGCUUCUGGGUCAAGAAGCACCGCGCUUUCAAUCUACCUCCCGAUCCCGCUCGUCAACAUAUUCAUGAAGCUGAAGUCGUACUCGCCUUUCCUAUAGACGAAGAUGAUGUCCCAGUUAUUGGAAAUCAAGAUGUUUACGCUUUUCUUCCGUUGAGAAAGGUCGGAUACAAGGUUAUUCAAGCCCACCAACUCCUACUGGUCUAUGUUGAAGCUAACUUGGAUUGUCAGUUUCUUAUCCAAUCCGACUUCGUUACCAAGGCCAGUCGCGAGGAUGUUGUAGUUUCUGCGUGGAACAAAAGGCUUCUUGAGGAAGUAGUCGUAGCGUUUCGUAACGCAAUCAGUGGGCCUAAUGGAUUCCUUGAGCACGAUACACUCCGAUACAGCUGGAUCAGAUACAUACCCAGAGAUAUUAUUGCAGAUGAAUUUUGGGGCCUCCUACAAGCUCGCCUAUACAAUGAACUUUGCAUUAGUAAAUUUUUCUACUCCAUGGAUGGAUCUUGCCGGAAACCCAAUCAGUUGCGAAUCUUACUGGACUUCUUUCGAGAUGAGUAUAGCAAUCCGCUUCUUGCAGAUCUCGCCGCAGGAGAAACCGCAUACGUCUCAGAAUCUUACAAUGUUGCUAUUGAUAUUCCAAUCUUGCAGCAGAUGAAAGCAACACAUCUAGGUUACUCUGGAUUUCUGGAAAGAUUGGAACAAGACCUGAACCUAAACCUAGAUCCUCGAAUGAAAACAAAGCCUUCAAAUAGCCCUUGGCAUGUCAAGGUGGCAACAAUUUUGAUUCUUAUUGCUCGGAAGAAUUAUCAGAAACUGAACGUACAGAGACUGAAAAUCGUACCGCUUGACAAUGGGAGGUGGAUUUGUCCAUUGAAUGCGAGUAUAUUUUUCCCAACUUCAGGUGGUAUUGACAUACCGAAAAACUUACCUCUGAAUUUGGUUGACAAGGAAGCACUCGAAAAUUCGAGUAGAAAAGAGCUCUUCUCACAACUCGGAGUAACUGUGUGUUCACCACGACAGAUAUUUCCUCUCAUUGAGCAACGAUAUAAACUCCCCUCUUACAUGUCAGAUUCUGCUUCUGAUGUCAAGUUUCUUUUCUGGCAUCAUGAGGAACUUCCAACUAGUAACUAUUCGAUAUUCAUGUGGUUUUGGGAUGGAGAAGACUAUGCCCUAUCUGACAUUCAAGAAGGCGGUUAG